AUGGGGUUAUUCAGGAAUUGUGUCUUCUUCUUAGUCCUAUACCUGCUGCCGGGGUCCAAUACUUCCCUUGUUCAGCUGAAUGCCAAUGGCUUUGAAGGCAUUAUCAUUGCUAUAGACCCUGGUGUGCCAGAAGAUGAAACACUAAUUGAACAAAUAAAGGACAUGGUGACCACAGCUUCUACUUACCUGUUUGAAGCCACAGAAAAAAGACUUUUUUUCAAAAAUGUAUCAAUACUAAUUCCUGAUAAUUGGAAGAAAAAUCCUCAAUACAAGAGACCAAAACAUGAAAGCUACAAACACGCCGAUGUUUUAGUUGCACCACCUACCCACCGAGGUAGAGAUGAACCAUACACCAAACAGUUCACAGCCUGUGAAGAAAAAGGAGAAUACAUCUAUUUCUCUCCUGACUUUGUACUUGGAAAAAAGCAAAAUGAAUAUGGACCAAGAGGUAGACGGUUUGUCCAUGAGUGGGCCCAUCUCCGCUGGGGAGUAUUUGAUGAAUACAACGACAAUGAGCCUUACUACAGUGCUAAGUCAAAAAAAAUUGAAGCAACAAGGUGUUCCACAGGUAUUACAGGUAUAAAUAGAGUUUAUAAGUGUCAAGGAAACAGCUGUGCAAUUAAUAGAUGCAGAAUUGAUUCUAAGACAAAAUUGUAUGAAAAAGAUUGUCAAUUCUUCCCUGAUAAAGAGCAAACUGAAAAGACAUCGAUAAUGUUUAUGCAAAGUAUUGACUCUGUCGUUAAAUUCUGUAAUGAAAAAAACCAUAACCGAGAAGCUCCGAGCCUACAAAACAAAAUGUGCAACGCCAGAAGCACAUGGGAGGUGAUCAGCAAUUCUGAGGAUUUAAAAAGCACCACACCUAUGGUGGGACUACCCCCUCCACCUGUCUUCUCAUUGCUGAGGAUCAGUGAAAGAAUUGUGUGCUUAGUUCUCGAUAAGUCUGGAAGCAUGGCGAAUUUUAAUCGCCUAAAUCGAAUGAAUCAAGCAGCAAAACAUUUCCUGCUGCAGAUUACUGGAAAUGGAUCCUGGGUGGGGAUGGUGCAUUUUGAUAGUACUGCCAACAUUAAAAGUAAGCUAAUCCAAAUAACAAGCAGCAAUGAAAAAAAACAGCUCUUGAAUAGUUUGCCUACAGUAGCUAAUGGAGGAACUUCCAUCUGCGCUGGAAUUGAAUCAGCAUUUCAGGUAAUUAGAGAAAUAUACCCUCAAAUAGAUGGAUCUGAAAUAGUGCUGCUGACUGAUGGGGAGGAUAGCUCUGCAAAGAAUUGUGUCGAUAAAGUGAAACAAAGUGGGGCCAUAAUUCAUUUUAUUGCUUUGGGACCAUCUGCUGAUGCAGCAGUCAUACAGAUGAGCAAUAUAACAGGAGGAAGCCAUUUUUUUUCCUCAGAUCAAGCCGAGAACAACGGCCUCAUUGAUGCUUUCGGGGCCCUUGCAUCAGGAAACACUGAUAUUCCCCAGCAGUCUGUUCAGCUUGAAAGUAAGGGAUUAAUGCUGAACAAUGAUCCCUGGAUGAAUGGCACUGUAAUAAUUGAUAGCACUGUGGGAAAGGACACAUUCUUUCUCGUCACAUGGGUCAGAGAGUCUCCCAUUAUUUCUCUCUGGGAUCCCAAUGGAACACUAACGGGAAGUUUCACAGUGGACAGAGUUUCCAAAAUGGCCUAUCUCAGUAUUCCAGGAACUGCAAAGGUGGGAGUUUGGACUUACAGUCUUCGAACCAAUGCAAACUUGGAAACAUUAACUAUAACAGUUAAUUCUCGGGCAGCAAAUUCUUCUGUGCCUCCAAUCACACUGAAUGCUAAAAUGAAUAAAGACACAAAUAGUUUCCCCAGUCCAAUGAUUGUUUAUGCAGAAAUUUUACAAGGAAAUACACCCAUUCUUGGAGCCAAUGUGACUGCAUUCAUUGAAUCGAAUAGUGGAAAAACACAAGUUUUGGAACUUUUGGAUAAUGGUGCAGGUGCUGAUACUUUCAAAAAUGAUGGGGUCUACUCCAGGUAUUUUACAGCUUAUUCAGAAAAUGGCAGAUAUAGCUUAAAAGUAAGGGCUCAUGGAGGAGCAAGCACUGCCACACAAAACUUAAGGUAUUCACCGAAUAGAGCUGCAUAUAUACCAGGCUGGGUAGUGAAUGGGACAAUCGAAGUGAAUCCACCAAGACCUGAAAUUGAUGAGGAUACUCAGACAAACUUGGAGAGUUUCAUCAGAACAGUGUCUGGAGGUGCAUUUGUGGUUUCAAAUGUUUCAAUAUUUCCCUUGCCUGACCUGUAUCCACCAAGUCAAAUCACAGACCUUGAGGCCACACCUAUUGGGGAUGUGAUCAGUCUAACAUGGACAGCACCAGGAGAUGAUUUUGAUGUUGGAAAAGUUCAACAGUAUAUCAUAAGAAUAAGUGGAAGUAUCCUGGAUCUAAGAGACAAUUUUGAAGAUGCUCUGCAAGUAAACAGUACGGAUCUGUCACCAAAGGAGGCCAACUCCAAGGAAAUAUUUGCAUUUAAACCAGGAAAUAUUUCAGAAGAAAAUGCAACCCACAUAUUCAUUGCCAUUCAAAGUGUGGAUAAAAGCAAUUUGACAUCAAAAGUAUCCAAUAUUGCACAAGUAGCUUUGUUUAUUCCUCAAGCAGAUCCUGAUGAAAGUGAUCCAAAUCCUACUCCUGAUGAAAAUUACCCUAAUUCCAAAGUUAGCUUUUCUUUUUUGGUGUUGAUAGUGGUUGGAUCUGUGGUAAUUGUUCUUGUUAUUUUAGGUAUCACCAUUUGUGUCUCAAACAAGAAAAGAAAUUCAAGCAGACCUAGAACACAGUUUUAA